AUGGCAGCCCGGGGAGUGGCGGUGCUGCUGUCCUGGCUGAGCUGCUGCGGUUCCGCUCUGUGGAGAUAUUCCACUAGCAGCCCAAACUACCGCAUUUUUAGCACCAGGAGUACUAUUAAGUUAGAAUAUGAAGGAACAUUAUUUUCUGAGUGGCAUGUGCCAGAAACUUGUUCUGUGAAAGAUAAAAGCUCACCCAGCACAGAACUGCGUUGCUCUUCUCCUGGUAUUCAGAUUAUAAGACCGAUUGUUACAGGCCCGGAUUUAGAAGAAGAACGCUAUUUAUUUGUGGGCAGUUCUAAUACUUGCUUUCUGUGGUAUUACAGAGUUAAAAAUUUCCCUCAAAACUUAACCCAGAUUGUCGUCAUAUGGGUAUACGACCCAGAAAAUGCAGACCUCAGUGAGCUGCUGUGGGAGGCAGAUUUUCCAUCACUAAAUUCCAUUAUGCUUAGCAAGCAGUUGGCCACUUUGGGACAGGAGCCAGUCUUAUAUACGUUUCUGAAGAGAAAAGUUUACUUUCCACAAAAGAAAUUGGAAAAUGGGGCCUGGAGCAUCUCCAUACCAAUGGCAGUGGAUGAUGCGCUGAAAGAGAUUAAAGGAAACCAGGUGGCUUUUCAAGAUUGUUUUGUUGCAAAUUCUUUUUUCAUGCUGACUUUUCCUUUGCUGACAAUACCUGAGCACCCUAGCUUUUUACCCAUUUCUUCACCACGUGGUAGUCAGCUGAUGUCAUCCUGGCAAGCCUGUGUUCCUUCUUUUGCUGUGGUGGUAUCCGACAUGGAGACCUUUCAAACCAAUGAUUCAUUUCGUACUUGGACCAGAAUCAGAGUGCCUCCAAACGCCCUCACGGACGACGAGAGACACAGUGUGUCUGCUGUGAUCCUAUCCCGCGAUGGAAUUUUUUUUUUAAUAAAUGGUGUCCUUUAUGUAAAAAGUUUUACUGCAUUUACAAGACUGGGAAGCAAAGAAAACCUUCCCGAAGGUGGAAUUGUUGGCAUUACAUCAAGAAAAUGGUGUUGGGUCAAAUAUUUAUUGAAGGCUAGUGAAAGAAGAAGCAGCAUGGCAGUCUGGACAAGAAAUGAAGUUUAUCUUGGAUAUACUUCUCUUACAUUUGUCAAAAUAAUAACCACUAAAAAACUGGGGGAAAUCCUAGCUAUAUCCCCAGGUGCUACUCUGACUAUACAUAAUGUGGAGUACACAGGACAUCCUUUGGAACUUGGCUUGUUAUUAAAUUACUGCAUUACAUGUACUGUCACUAAAAAGAUUCAUCUAGUGUUAUAUAAUGAAGACAUAAAAGAGUGGGUGCUCCAAGACUUUGAGUUAAAUGUCAUGAUUGACAGUUCUAUAAUUCUGCGUUUUCUACAUUCAGCAAUGCCAGAAUUAAUACUAUGGGACAAGCAUAGGAUCUACUAUUCUUACUACAAUAUCAUUAAUGCUGGAGUUUUACAAACACCUACAAAAUUUGGAAAUCUAUCGGAAUUAUCACACAACAGUAUUAUUCACGAUGUUUUUAUAGAUUAUUAUGGAAAUAUUGUGGUAAAGAUGGAAAAUAAUAUGAUGUUUUUUUUCAAGAUUAAUAUUAGAGAUGCAGUAAAGCUACACGUAUGGGCAAAUAACACAACAAAAUCGUUAAUUUUCUUGAAUACAUCUGGUGGAACAUACCUCGUGUAUGUUUUUAAAAAUGGCACAAUAUUCCCACAGGAAUAUCCCUUAAACCUGGAAGCACAAAGUAUAGCUUUGAAAACAAAAGAAAAAUGCCCUUUUGUAGCAUUUCAUAGUAAUAUUCUUCAUAUUUUUUACAUUUUGGACAAGGGACAGAACCUGACAGUGUGGGCACAAAUAGUGUACCCGGAAAAUAUCGGUCUGCACAUUAUCGUGGAGUCCUAUGGCCCAAAAAUAUUACAAAAGAAAGAACAGGUUCACUAUGAAACUGCCUUAAGAUAUUGUACUAAAACCACGACCAUAACGUUUUUUCAGAAUGUGAAUUAUGAGGCAGUAGAUGAUUACUUCGAGUUGCAAUACCGGAAAACGGGGCUUCUGCUUGUUCAGGUUAGGCCUAGUGAAUAUGCAAAAACAUGUCCAAUAUCCCCAAAGGUGUUCCAAAUAGCUGUUGGCUGUGAUCCUAGUAAAUACAUUGCUGUUAAAGGAUUUAAUAACAAAAGAUGUACUCAGCAUGAUUUGUACUACACUAUUGAAAAGUCAUACCUGAGGGAUCGACCACUUAAAAACUUGAAAGUAAAAUAUAAUUGGAAAAAAUACGGCUGCCCACGGAGGCUUGAUUUCAGAGAAAAGUUUCACCCUUUGAUUCAGUUAUACGAUGAGGACGGCUUUAUUGAAGACGUUGAAGUAAAUUUCAUAGUGUGGGAAAUACAUGGCAGGGACGACUAUAGUUUUAAUACCACUAUGAAGAAGAGCGGCUGUUUAAAUGAAGCCCAGACGUGGAAGUCAAUGACUGAGCUCAACAAGCACCUCCCAUUAGAAAAAGCCUGGGGGCCAGAGAACUAUAAGCACUGUUUUUCUUAUGCUAUUGGAAAACCGGGAGACCUGGAGCAACCGUAUGAGAUUAUGAACAAGUCCAACCGUAACCAUUUAGUUUGGCCCAUGUACCACACUGGGAUGUAUGUGUUUCAAGUGAAGAUCCUGGAUCCAAACUACAGUUUCUGUAACCUGUCAGCUAUAUUUGCAAUAGAGAUCUUUGGAGUGAUUCCCAGUCCAAGCGGCUACCUGGUUGUUUCUUUCCUCUUCUUCCUGCUGCUACUGUUCUUCAGUAUUCUGGUUUUGAGUUACUUCCAUUACAUGAGGAUUUAUAAACAACAUGUUUAUGAACCAGAUUACAAAAUUGAAAGAAAACAUAAGAAUAGUUAG